UCCCUCCCGUAUGAGUCAGGCGUUUCCCGGGGAUCGCGAGCGCGAGCGGCGGCAAUCCGAGCCCGAGCCGGAGCCCGAGCCCGAGCCCGAGCGGCCCCGCGGCGGCUAGAGCAGCGCGCCCGGCCCGGCCCUGGCCCGGCCCGGCCGCCCGAGCAUGGAGAAGGCGGCCAGCCCCGGGGCCGGCGCCGGCGAGGGGGCGGGCAGCGGCGCUAGCAGCCGCAGCAGCAGCCGCGCCACCUCGGCCGGCUCGUCGCCGUCGGGCUCGUGGGCGGCCCGCGGGGCCGGGGGCCGCCGGCUGGAAGGGGGGAGCCACAGCAGCCCGGGCUCGGUGGCCGCCAGCCCGUGCGGGGCGGGCGGCCGGCUGGGCGGCGGCGGCCGGAGGCGGGAGCCGGCCCUCGAGGGCGUGCUCAGCAAGUACACCAACCUCCUGCAGGGCUGGCAGAACAGGUACUUCAUGCUGGAUUUUGAGUCUGGGGUUCUGCAGUAUUUUGUGAAUGAACAAAGUAAGAGCCAGAAGCCUCGAGGAACGCUGUCUUUAGCCGGAGCCAUAGUGUCCCUGAGUGACGAAGCCCCCCACAUGUUGGUAGUGUACUCUGCGAAUGGAGAGGUGUAUAAAUUGAGAGCCGCUGAUGCUAAAGAAAAGCAGUGUUGGGUGACUCAGCUCCAGAAUUGUGCCAAGUACCACAUGGAAGCUCAUCCCAAGAGCCCUCCGAGCUCCCGGAGCCGAAGCCUGACUUUGCUCCCCCACGGAACAUCUAAUUCGUCAUCCCCCAGUAGCCAGAGACAUCUCAUCCCCGCGCCCUCCAGCGUGGUCACCGUCACCCACCACAAGUCACCCGCUACUGCCCGAAGAUCAAAGAGUCAGUAUUCUGCCCAGCUCCAUGACGUCCGAGAGAUGAUGAGCCAAGUGGAAGGGCAGCAGAAGAGCCUCGUCCGAGCCAUCGAGGCCUUGCCAGGCUCAGGCCCCCUCACGGCCUUGGACCAGGACCUGCUGCUGCUCAAAGCUACCUCGGCGGCCACCCUCAGCUGCCUCGGAGAGUGCCUGAGCCUGCUGCAACAGAGCAUCCACCAGGUGGGCCAAUAUAGCCACAGGACGGGGCCUUCAGAAAACCCGGGAUGGCAGGGGCCCAAGUCACAUUCCACAGAGCGAGUGAAAAACGGGGCGGUGGGCUUGCCACCGUCCUCCCACGCCAGCGUCACGUGGGCAGCCUUGCCCGCCCCCACCGCCAGCAGAGAUGUGCCGUCCAAAUCAGAGCCCAAGGUUGAAGGAGAAAAGGAAAUAUCAACACACUCCCAGCACUGGGGUGAGCAACAGCUUUUUCCCGCAUAUACGCCAACUUCUCAACACCAAAUUACAUCUUCUCCAUCAGUGAUCCAACAAGAACCAAAAAUCGGGAGUGCCUCGAGCAGUCAGUUGUCAAGUCCGCGGGGACUGGAAGGGACCUCAGAAGCCAACUACUCCAACCCCCUAAUUGUUCAGGGAUCGGCUUCCCAAGAAGACAGAACAAAUGAGGAAGAAACUGAUAAUGAAGAAAAUGGAGAUGAGAAUGCAGACAACUCAGAGGACCACCACAGCAUCGUGCUCCAUCUGAUCUCCCAGCUCCGAUUCGGGAUGGACCUCACCAAAGUUGCACUCCCCACGUUCAUCUUGGAGACGAGGUCUCUCCUGGAGAUGUUCGCCAACUUCAUGGCCCACCCUGACCUGUUGCUGUCCAUCGGCUCGGCGGCCACCCCUGAGGAGCGGGCCAUCUCCUUCGUGGAGUACUACCUGACAUCGUUCCGUGAGGGCCGCAAGGGCUCUGUGGCCAAGAAGCCAUACAACCCCAUCCUGGGGGAGAUCUUCCACUGCUCCUGGGACAUCCCCAAGGACCAGGUCAAGCCCCUGUUGCGGGAGCAGAACGAGGCGGAGGCCCCGGCGCCCAGCACGGAACCGGACCGAGAGCACUCCCCGCGGGAGCGGUACAAGCUCAGGUUCGUGGCCGAGCAGGUGUCCCACCACCCCCCGGUGUCCUGUUUUUACUGUGAGUGCAAGGAGCGAGGAAUGUUUGUGAACACCCACGUGUGGACCAAAAGCAAGUUCAUGGGCAUGUCCGUGGGGGUGUCCUUGCUUGGGGAAGGUGUUCUGCGGCUUUUGGAUUAUGAGGAAGACUAUAUAUUCACGUUGCCUAAUGCUUAUGCCCGCUCGAUCCUGACCAUCCCCUGGGUGGAGCUUGGCGGUAAAGUCACCAUGGAAUGUGCCAAGACCGGCUACACUGCGCUGGUCACCUUCCAUACGAAGCCUUUUUAUGGAGGGAAAGUCCACAGAGUCACAGCGGAAGUGAAGCACAAGCCGAGCAACACGGUGGUGUGCAAGGCCCAGGGCGAAUGGAACGGCGUCCUGGAGUUCACCUACAGCAACGGGGAGACCAAGCUCAUCAACACGGCCGCUCUGCCCGUCUACCCCAAGAAGGUCCGGCCCAUUGAGAAGCAGGAGCCCAUGGAGUCCAGGAACCUCUGGCGGGAAGUCACCAACUCCAUCAAAGUGGGGGACAUGAACUCGGCCACGGAGUUCAAGCGGAACCUGGAGGACAAGCAGCGCAAGGAGGAGCAGGAGCGGGCGAGCCGCAAAGCCGAGUGGCGGCCCAGGUAUUUUAACAAGCAGGGUGAAGGCUGGAUGUAUAGAGACCCUCUGUUGAAAGGCCAGUGAUGAGGAGAAAAUGCAGUGUUCUCCCCAAAUAGACCUGUCUUUUUAUAGGCAUUAAAAUGGUGCCAUAUAUGAGG